AUGGACGCUAUGCGACGAUUCAGUAGUAUUGUUUCACUGCUCAUGAGACCAGGUUCAUCAUCUUCGUUAUCACGGAAAAAUUCUCGUGACGACGGAUUGACAUCUUCACCAACUACAGCGCCGGCCCCUGUUUUUACAACUUCUUCAACUUCUUCAGUUUCUACUUCCGGGGAACCAACUACAUCGUCAGCAGCACCAACAUCAGGAGCGGUAACGACCACGUCGAGGCAGACGUCGUCGAAUUCGUCAGUCGAUUCGAAUCAUAAUGAAGCAAUGAAGAUGAUACGCCGCGCCAGACCCAAAUCAUAUGUGCUGGCGACGUCGGCCUCGAUGAACGACGAUGUUCUUUCAUCGUCAAUUAUAGCUAAUGAGCAAUCUUCUUCUAUUUCACAUGAUACCACCACAUCAGGUCGUGAGCUACCAUCUUCUUUGAUGGGUUCAACAAAUUCAAUGGAGAUGAGAAGUGGCAGAGCUACAACAUCUUCAGUAACUACCACUACUACCAGUUCGGGUCAGCAGACAUCGAGAAGUUUGAAUGCACCGCAUCCACCAGCAACUCAUCGUCUUCAGCGAUUUAUUGCACUCUUCAAUUCUAGCAAAACGUCAGACGGAUCUGGAGAGCCGAAGAAGUCUCGAAUGAAAAGAUCUCGAACUUCUCUUCCUGCAAGUCGUUUCAAUCUUCCUGGUACUAUACUUCAAAGAGAUGGGGUGGCCCGCCAAACAUGGGUUAAACAUCAAGAAAUUGCACUUGGAAAAUCAGGAAAACGGAAUCAUUGGGAAGAUCGGUGGGCAGUUUUGUGUCGAAGAAGUCUGUAUCUUUGUGUUGAAUCACCCGCAUAUACUUCUGAAAAGACAAUCGAGCUGAGCAGUCAUACUCGUGUGGAUAUUUGUAACUCAAUUGUCGAUAUCGCCUAUGAUUGGCUUUCCUCUACAUUCUCCAAACAACGACAUGUCGUUCGGAUAGUAACACAAAAUCGAAGCGAGCAUUUGAUUGAAUUAAACACAGAAUCCGAAAUGCUCUCAUGGAUUUCAGUAUUACAGUCGAGUUCAGAAGAUGGAUUGUCUGCGAUGGGAGGUGUCGAUGAGAAUGAAGUGGAAGGAACCACAGGUAGUGGAAACAAUAACAAAAUUUCAUCGAAUUCGGCCAUGCUUCACAAUUCACAAUCGAUCGCAUCGUUGGCGUCAUCGUCAUGUUCGACAGCGACUACUUCUGAAUUUCUGAAUUCACAACAUCCACCACUUCAACAAGCGAACCAACAACAGAAGCAUCAGCAAACGGUCAAUGAAUUGAGCGCUGGAGUUGCUUCAUAUUUGCCGACGUCGAAAAGUUUUGGAGGGUUGUCCACGACAGCGUCGUCGACGACGGAAAGCGCCAAGAAUCGUCUGAUUAUGCAUCGAUACAUUGCUAAAAACUCUCAAUUACAAUCUCCAACAUCCAAUAAGAAAAUGGAUGUGGAUCCAUCCAGCGUUGCAUCAGGGUCUACAUCAGGAUCGAUCAAUCAUCAUUCUUCCCAAGCUGGUCCAAGUAGAGAAUCAGAAAACGGAGAAGCUCCCACAGCCACAGCAACAACUCCGAAAUCAGGAAGAAAAUGGAAAAAAUCAAAAGCAGCAAAGCAAGGAAGUGGUGGUGGAAGUAGUGGAAGUUCUUCAGGAAGUCAACAACAAGGAGCAACAGGUACUCCACUACCAGUCCUUGGUGUUCGAUUGGCAGAUUGUCCAACGGGAAGUUGUGAGGAUCAUGUUCCAAUGCUCGUACAAAUUUGUGUGUGUGUUGUUGAAUCAUACGGAAUGGAUACAGUGGGUAUAUACCGUAUUCCGGGAAACACUGCAGCUGUCAAUGCUCUCAAAGAAUCAUUAUCAAAUAGAGGAUUCGAUAGUGUCGAUUUAUCAAAAGUAGAGUCAUUAGAUCCUCGGUGGCGAGAUGUGAAUGUUGUUUCAUCACUGCUGAAGAUGUUCCUUCGGAAGUUACCGGAGCCCCUGCUCACUGACAAGCUCUAUCCAUUCUUCAUCGAUGCUAAUCGAAUAUCAACUCAUCAUAAUCGUCUUCACAAAUUGAGAAAUCUUCUGAGGAAGUUACCACGUCCACAUUACGAUACCCUACGUUUCCUUAUUAUUCAUCUCUCCGAAAUCACGAAACAUAGUGAUGUCAAUAAAAUGGAAUGUCGAAAUUUGGCGUUAAUGUUCGGACCGUCCAUCGUCAGACCAUCAGAUGACAAUAUGGCAACAAUGGUGACACAUAUGAGCGAUCAGUGCAAAAUCAUCGAAACAUUGAUUCAUUAUAACAUUUGGAUGUUCGAUGAAACAUCAACAACAGAAGAUGCUGUACCCGAACAACAUCCGUCAGAUGGACAAAAUCCACUGGAGCCUGGUGGUUAUGGAGUUGGAGUUCCAACUGGAGUAUCGGCUGCAUCUUUCAACGAUAUGCAUAAUCUGAUACGAAAAGCCAAUGAAGAUCAGGCGGCAGCCAUGAUGAAUGAAGGUGGUAAAGGGCAAAAAAUCAAAAACAUGUUACGAAGAAAUUCACGUCGGGAUAAAUCAAAAGGAAAAUUAAAAAUUGAAUCGACAGCUCCAGCUGCUGUAAAUCCACGUGGAUGGACCCAACCAACUCCUUCGAAUACAUCUGCAGCGAGUGUUGAGAGUGCAUUUUGUGGAAACUAUCAAGAAAGAGAUAUCGAUGCUGAAAUUGAAUCUCGACAGACCGUUUCACCACAAAUGACAUCUGGAUCAGCUGACGGAGCAUCAUCGACUCGUCUCGAUCAAAGUCCUUCACUUGAGAGCUCUCUUGGAAGCCUUCCUGACACUUCAAGAACUGAACCAAUAUUGGGUUCAUCUGGAUAUAGAAACGACGAUGAAGAAGGGAAAGAAGCAGCUCGACGGAAACGUCAAGAGGAAAUGUAUUCAGCUCGACGGAUUUUUAUCGCAGGAGCAGCAGGAGCGGCAGCGGCGGCAACGACAAGUGCAGAUGCUGAAAAAGCGGCAAUUGAUGCGUUGGCCAAUCAUUCACAACAUCUUCAUUUGGCAAGCAGUCCCGCAUUUGAGGUUCUUAGUGAAGAGACAAGAGAAAAGAUUCGAAGAAUGCAGAAAAAACAGAAUUGGCAUGAUACAAAAGAGCUGAGGAGUACUGGCGAAUUACUGAAAACUUAUUCACCUACCAAAGACCUCACCGACGCUCUAUCAUGCACUUCUGAUUACUCAACAACAAGCUCCGCGCCGUUAAGCACAAAUCCGCCUUUGGCAGUCGCUUGUGCUGAUCAGCCAAACUCUAGCUCAGAUUAUGCUUCAAGUGAUCCUUCUCCAUGUGCUCGUAAUCCAUCCACGUCUCCAGCUUCUCGCCCGUCGAAUCUCGCGAUCUCUCCAGGUCAACUUCAUGCCACUACGUCGACCACUUCCCAACAACAGCAACCAAUGAGUAGAAGUCAAAAGAUUCGGUUAAGGACGAAACUCGGUUCUCGUGAUCCCUCUAGAAGACAUACUUUGAGUGACGUUGAUACUUUGAAGGAAGGCCGUCUCGACAAGCUGGCGCGUUGGUUUGGGAUCCGAAAAUCGAGUCCAGAUGUGAGCCGUGAUGAAGUAUCAGAUGAAGAGAAAAACAACACAGAAACUUCAUCUCAACCCCCUCCUCUUCCAUCAGCAGUGCCACCUGUUAUUGUUCGAACAUCACCAAAUGAGUUGACACCAGUGUCUGGCGAUGAACAACUCUAA